AUGUCAGAUCAUAUUCAGAAGAAUGAUUUGUACGUUUAUGACCUAGCUGACGAUGUAUUAUCAUCGUUGGAAGUAAUAUACUUCAAUUCUGAAUUGGAAGAAGUCCAAAUAAAACGAACUGAAGAACCAAAACCAGUUGUUAAACCGAUUACCAAAAGUAAGCGCGUGUACUCCUGUACCUCAUGUCAUAUUGAGAAGUUUUCAGAUGGUAAUGGUGACUACCGUUCGCACUUCAAGUCUGAUUUCCACAAGUUUAAUUUGAAGAGAGUCAUCAAGGGACUUGACCCUGUGGAUGAAUUGCAGUUCUCCAAGUUGAUUAGUGAAAAUCGAGACAGUAAAAUGGAAAAAGCUGGAACUAAUGAUGAAGAAGACAGUGACUCUUCUACUGAUUCUGGCUCUGACUCAGAUUCUGAAAGCGAAGAAAGAAAUGAUGAUGGUAAUGAUGCUCAAGAUGAAUUGGACACAAUUAUUGAAGCAGAAGUCCAAAACCUUAACAUUAGAGACGAUGAUAGUGACGCUGGGGUUGUAUCUCAUUUAAACACUCAGUCUCCUUUGGUAUUUUUACGUUCUAAUAAGUUGCCAGAAGGUAAAGUCUUUGGCGUAUACAAGUGUCUAUUUAGCAAGAAUGGUUUACAGCAUCCUUUGAAAUCCAUCAGCACAUGGAAGGAACAAGAUCAAUCCCAGAAAUUCUCCGUCCUCUUCAUGAUUGGUGGUGGUCAUUUUGCUGGAGCAAUUGUAUCGCAUCAAAGAGUUGCUAGUAGUGGUAACAGUGGUAAGAAGUCAAAACUCUCUGUUCAAGAGCAGUCUGUUCAAUUCUUGGAGCAAAAAACCUUUCACAGAUAUACAACUAGAAGGAAACAGGGUGGUUCUCAGUCAGCAAAUGACAAUGCUAAGGGAAAGGCAAAUUCAGCGGGUUCCACCUUACGUAGAUACAAUGAGGCGGCUUUGAGAGCAGAUGUUCAAUCUUUGCUCAAGGACUGGGAACCUUAUAUUUCGAAGGCAGAGAAUAUCUUCAUUAGGGCUAAAAGCGUUUCAGAUAGAAAAAUAUUCUUGGAUAAUACAUGCAUCUCCAAGGAUGACCCCAGACUCAAAUCAUUCCCUUUCACGACUAUGCGUCCCACUUCUCAUGAACUCAAACGUGCUUGGUGUGAUCUUACAUAUUUGACUAUUAAUGAUAAACCACAGCCAAAAGUAAAGAAAGUCAUACCAGCGACACAGCCUAUGAAAAGUACAUCUAAACGGUCAACGCCUGAACCUUCAUCUCAACCAAGUGAGGAGGAGCAACAUAGUGAGAAACUUAUAUCCAUGAUACAAAAAAGUAAGGCACCCUUAUUGAUCUCGUAUAUUAGAAAAAAUGGUAUCGAUAUCAACUUUAGAUUACAACCUUCAUCCGAGUACCACCAUAACCCAACUAUGUUACAUUUUGCUUCUGCUAAUGGAUACAAGCACAUGGUAUUGGUAUUGUUGUCUACACUAAAGGCUGAUCCAACAAUCACAAAUGAGAACGGCAAAACAGCAUGGGAUUUAGCGAAGGAUAAUUCUAUUAGGGAAAGUUUCCAGCUUGCUCGUCAUAACUUAGGUGAAGAUUACACUAACUGGGCAGAAAGCCAUAUUGGAGAACCUCUCUCAACGGAAGAGAUAGAAGAUCGGCGUCAAAAAUUGAUGCUUGAAGAAGAAUCUCAGAAGAAGCAGCUGAUAGAGAAAGAAUUGCAAGCGGUGAAAGAGAGAAUAAAAGAAGAAAAAGAAGCAAAGCGCGGCCCUGGUAGACAACUUGACUCUUCUGCUCCAAACGCGCAAAUUAAUUUGAAUUCAUUGUCAGAAAACCAAAGGUUAAGGUUGAUGAGGGAACAGAGGGCUCGUGCGGCAGAAGCCAGAAUGAAGAAAUUUUCUGGCAAUUGA